CUGCCGGCUGCGCCUGCGCACAACCACGCUUAGCGUCAGCUGCUCGCACUAAAGGGGCGGGACAAUCCCCGAUGUAACUGACGCCAAACGGAAGGGGCGGGGCAUGCAGCCCGGGGCUAGAGGCCGACGGAAGUGCUCGUUGUUGUUGCCGGAAGUAGAGAAGGCUGUAAUGGCGGCUGCGACUGAAGUUGAGGUGCCCGCGGACGUCGCGGAGGACCGGCCCUCGGCCGCCGAGGAGCUGGCGGCGCAGAAACGCGAGCAGAGACUGCGCAAGUUCCGCGAGCUGCAUCUGAAGCGGAAUGAAGCUCGCAAGUUAAAUCACCAGGAAGUUGUGGAAGAAGACAAAAGACUUAAGUUGCCUGCAAACUGGGAAGCGAAGAAAGCGCGUUUGGAGUGGGAGCUGCAGGAGGAAGAAAAGAAAAAGGAGUGUGCAGCGAGGGGGGAGGACUAUGAGAAGGUGAAGCUGCUGGAGAUCAGCGCAGAGGAUGCGGAGAGAUGGGAGAGGAGGAAGAAGAGGAAGAACCCUGACUUGGGCUUUUCAGAUUAUGCUGCCGCCCAGUUACGCCAGUAUCACCGGCUGACGAAGCAGAUCAAACCUGACAUGGAAAGCUACGAGCGGCAGAGAGAAAAGCAUGGAGAAGAUUUUUUCCCAACAUCCAACAGUCUUCUCCAUGGGACGCAUGUGCCUUCCUCAGAGGAAAUCGACAGAAUGGUUUUAGAUCUGGAAAAGCAGUAAGUACUCAGUAGGGCAGCCUGGCCUGGAACGCUCUAUACUUCACGAGAGAGUGGGUGGGGUGUGCAUCUGAGGCUGAUGUGCUCGGAUGACUUGACGGUCACAGUGCUGGUACCAGCUCAUUUCUGACCCCGAAUCUGUUGGUUUUGAAGCUGGACAUCGAGUAGAGGUUGAGCCCAUGGGAUUUGGAGAUGGGAAUACUGAUGUAGUCAAACUGUCAUGCUGUCCAUUAGCUUUCUGUUGCUGUGGCAAGACGUCUAAGCUAACUUAUUUUGGCUCCUGAUUUUAGAGCUCUUAGUCCAUUGUCUUGGCCUGUGGCAGCACAGUGGAUCAUGAGAAGUCCAUGCUAGGAAGCCUAGUCAGCUCCUGAGGACCAGGAAGCAGGCAGAUUGGAGGGGAGAAGGGCAGUCCUGAUGUCCUUUCAAGGGCACAGCCCUCGGACUACCUUCCUCUUAUAAGCUCCACUGAGAGGUUCCAGUACCUUCUAGUAUCCCUAUCAGCUGGACCAGGCCUUCGGUACCAAGGCCUGGGGUAGGUUUCCAAUCCAAACUAAUAGUCAGCAUUUUGUGCCUAUUUGUUUAAGACUGGCCUCAUGUUUGCAGGCCAGCCUGGAACUCAAGUAGUGUUUAGAUUACUCUGUGUGUAUGUCUGUCUGUCUCUAUAUGGCCAUAUUAUUUAUUAUGAUUUUCUUUUGAGGUAGAAUUUUACUAUGUAGAGCGGGCUGGCCUCAGACUCCUAGAGAUCCUUCCUCCUGAGUGCCUGACCGUUCUUAUUUCUGAAAGAGGGGACUCCAUUUAUGUUUGAGGACCAUGCAGGUGUUACAGGGUGCAGUGGUGUAUAGCACACACACCUACAGUGCUCAUCAUCACUGAUGGAAUUUUUAGGGUGUUUUACCCAAAGUCACACUUCAUUGUCCCUACUUUUAGCAUCUUUAGAAGCAUUCUUUUUGUUGUGGAUUUUUGAGACAGCCUCUCAUCAUGUAGCCUCAGCUGGUCUCCAGCAGGUGGCCAAAGAUGCUCAGAAGUGCUGUGACCAGAGGCUGUAGUUGCUGGGUCUCAUUGUUUACACUGAGGUUCUACUAAUUAGCUCAACCAUCUGAAGCUGAUUAAACUGUGCCUGCCCCCCCCCAAGGUGGUUUUUUUUUUUUA